GGUUUCGUCCAUUUCUCUCUUCGUCUCUUUUAACCUUCUAAUUUUUCUUCCCUUUUCCCCUCUCUCCUCCGACUCAAUUUCCUUCCUCCUCUCUGUCUUCUCCCGCCUGCCUCUCUAGUUUCCCCUUGUCAUUCACUCCAUCCAAAACCCUCACCAUGGCUGACCACGAUUUCGAACACAACUCUGCCGAUGCCGGUGCCUCUGCCACCUACCCCAUGCAGUGCUCUGCAUUGAGGAAGAACGGUCACGUUGUCAUCAAGGGCCGCCCUUGCAAGAUUGUCGAUAUGUCCACCUCUAAGACUGGAAAGCACGGUCACGCCAAGGUUCACCUGGUCGCUCUCGACAUCUUCACCGGCAAGAAGCUUGAAGAUCUGUCCCCCUCCACCCACAACAUGGACGUUCCCAACGUCAGCCGUAAGGAAUACCAGCUUCUUGAUAUCACCGACGAUGGUUUCCUGUCCCUGAUGGACGAGUCCGGUGCGACUAAGGAUGACGUCAAGGUUCCCGAAGGCGACGUCGGUGAUAGAAUCCAGAAAAUGUUCAACGAUGAGGGCAAGGACGUCAACGUUAUUGUCCUCACUGCCAUGGGCGAGGAGUGCGCCAUGGACUGCAAGGAAGCCCCCAAAUAAUGAAUUUCCUAUAGUCAUGGACUCCUUUUGUGCUCCAUUGGACCUUGUGUGUUCUAGGGUUAUCCCUGAAGUUUGCCCCUUCGAUUGUGAAGUAUGUUACGUUUUGGGCGAGAUCCGACCCGGCUCUUAUGUUGGCCACUUGGCCUUGGAGAAGGUUGCGUUUAGUUGGCAGCGCAAAGCGUGCUUUACCAUGACGGGAACCAGUCUGAGUCCAGCUUUCACGAUAUUUUGACGAAUUCCAAAAAUUUCAGUGGCUCUACCUAAUACGCAAGAUAUUUUCUUUGUUUUUCA